UAGUGUACAACACUGAGACGGAGCUAGGUGGAAACGACACCUAUGCAUCAUUGAAUGAAGUUAAAAUAACACAAGUAUAAUUAUACUCAACACACAGAAAGAUAAAACAUUUCAAGAAAAGUGUAAACUUGGAAACAAAGUUUGUAUUAUUUUAAAGAAGAAUAAUAUUUGUUUUUAAAAAGGAUUAAAAUGCAAAUUAUAUUUGAACUUAUGUAAACUUCAACAUCACGGUGUAGUGUGCAGAGUUUUGAUUAACCGCUUAAGAAUAAAUUAUUCAAUGAGCUGAUUCAAAUGCGGAAAUACCUUACAAUGGCGGUAGCAGUGUCCAUAACUGUAAUCUGUCUUACGAUAAGCCAUGUGGCUGGGCAACAGUCAACUGGAUUUGAUCAGAAUCGUAUGACUAGAUGGCUACAAAGACUUUCAAAUCCAGACAUACAGCAACGACAACAACAGCAACAACAAGACAUGAUGAGUCGUGUCCAAAAUCAAGUGAACAAUUUAAUGCAAAGCACAUCCGGUGGUGCUGGUAUGAAUACGGGAUCACUUCUCGACAGAAUGUCGUCAAAUGUGAACACAGUGACUCAAAAUUUGAUGAACAAUUUCAACAAAGGACCAGUGAUAAAUACAAUCACCUCUAACAGUCCUGGUACUGUGACCAGCGAUCAGAUAUCUCCAUUUAAUGUCAUAUUUAGUGGGCAAAGGUCAUCGCAGGGUCAAGGUAACGCCUUGCCGGAAACCCAAACUCCAAGGUCAAGGUCAGCGUUCGAUACAAGUGUGCGACAGUUUCGAUUGGAUUCCGUUUCCUCUGGCAAUGUUAACCCUGAACCAAUUAUUUUUACCUCCCAACCGCCCCAGCAAGCCUCGGGAAUGGUUGUUGUUCGUAGAAAUAACACAACAUCACGACGCCCUCUCGGGACAGCCGGUUCGUUCUCACAGCAGCGGUUAUCUAAUGUACCUUCCAGUACCAUGCUUAACUCAUUCGGGAUCAAUAUUCCCACGAUUUCUGGCCAAUCAGGAACGUUCUGGAGUGUUGGUAAUACUGGCUCAUCCGGAGACGGGGGCUCAAACACGAGAAUGGUUUCAAGGCGAACCCAACCACUUGGUUUUGGUUCAAACCAGUUUAGUGUAUUCUUAGGUUCUUCCUCAGGGCAGGAGCCCGCUAGUUUCAGUGUAGGUUCAGGUCAGCCUUUUAGCGUUAGAUCCAGAGAGUUGGGCUCAGAAAGCAGCCAGAGGCCGGCAUCAUCUUCGACGUCAGGUCAAACCACGGUGUCGCAAACACCAUUUCGUACAGGUGGUUUAGCUUUUGGAGAAGGACGAUUUGUUAAUUUAAAUGGUCCAGGAAUAGAUCUUAGUCAAACAACGGGUCCGCAGGAAACGUCUGGGUCAAAUCUUUGGCAGUUUUCUGGGUCACCUACGUCAUUUUCAGGUGGAUCGACGUCAAGUUCCGAUGGAAAUAUAAACGAUGCUGGAAGUCCCAGCUCAAGAUUCGGAAAUGCUUUCGGAAGUGGGUUUACAUCUGGUAUGGAGACUACUUUCGUUUCGGACACAUUUCCACCUAAUAUGACAACACAGUUUGACGCAUCUUCAUUUGGAGACACCUUCGUACGGACCACUGUAGGAGUGACAGCUGCUUCCCAGCCGCAACCCACCUCCCCCACCCGCUCCAACAACAUCCCGCCAGACGCUCUCUCGUGCACGGAUGAGUACCGUGCAAGGCCAGGCCACACCCUCUGUCUGACAGACAGCUCAGGGGUCACCAGUGUUGGGGUAGCGAUCAGCGACCGUCUCUUUAUCACCCAAUUUCACAAUGACCUCCGAUCAAAUGUCCAGCCUCCCGCCGCGGACCUUAUGUCCUUGCAAUGGGACGACAGGCUUGCUGCUGUUGCACAGAAGUGGGCCCAGCAGUGUAAGCUAGCUCAUGACGAUGAUCGGAAAUUACCAGUCCUUGGUUUGUCAGUGGGUCAGAAUGUGGCUGUUGGUUUCGAAAGCUGGCAAGAGGCAAUUCAAAUGUGGUACGACGAGAUCUCCCUCUACCGGUACGGUUAUGAGCCCGACUCCUAUCUAGGACCUGAGGGUUGGAGGCAGGUGGCACAUUUCACACAGAUUGUUCAGAACGGGACUUACCUGAUCGGGUGUGGAUAUGCAGAGUGCCCCUCUACCCGAUACGUCCGAUAUUAUGUGUGCAACUACGCUUCCGGGCAAUCCGACCUCGCCUAUCCCUACACUGCUGGGGCGAGAUGCGAGGCGUGUCCGAAUAAUUGUAACAAAGGAUUGUGUGAGUGCAACGGUCUUGUGUGUUUGAACAAGGGCAAGCUCAACCCAAGCGCCUGCAAAUGUGAAUGUCCAAACCCUUACUCGGGAGAGAAAUGCGAACAAUUGAAUUGUCCUGCCAGUGACAGUUUUGUGUGUGGACGCGACUGGCCGCCCACCUAUUGCACACGCUACAACAACGUCCCGGCAGAGUGUCCCUACAUGUGUGGAAUUUGUGGAGGGAGCGGACAGCCUGGUGCGAGUCGACCGCCAGCCCCUACGUUGAACGUAACCACAUUCACUUCCGCCUUUGGGUGUCGCUACACAGGAGUCAGAGAUAAUUCAGCGACGUGUCAUGGAUACGGUGACGGCGGAAAUGACAAAUCAAUGUGCUCGAGCCAGGGCGGAACCGUCGGGUGCGGGGACUGUGAGCGUUACUACAACAUCAAGAAAGACUACUGUCCUGUCAUGUGCGGGUUGUGUGAUCCUCCGUGCGCUGGAAAGCGAUGCAGUAACGGUGGAACCCUUGACACCACUUCCUGUGCAUGCAGCUGCCGAAAACCGUUCACUGGGGACACCUGUGAGUUUGCUCAGUGUCCGGUUAACGGGGACCCCGGGUAUUGCAGGUUCUGGCCGGCCCGGUACUGCCAGAUGUACUACAAUGUACCGGAAGAGUGCCCCUACAUGUGUGGCAUUUGCAAGCAGGACGGCACUGUAUCCAGAUCCGGCAAAAUAUCUCCCACACUUGCCGGUGAAGCGGCCGAGACUUAAGCCAUGAUCAUGUACAUUUUGCGAUACUCCCAUUUUCCUUUCGGCGAUUUUGAAGUUUGAAAUGGCUGAUUAAGAACAUAGCGAAUGCAAACAUUAUAUGAUAAUGCGCACCUUGAAAGAAAGAAAACAUUUUUCCGGAGUUUUUCUUUUUCAUCUGAUUAUAUGAGUAGUAUGUUUAUGCGAUCGAAGUGACCCGGAUUUUGUUUGACAAGAUGUGAGUUGGUAGCUGGUAACCAGACCAUUACCAAGGCGUGGGGGAAGUGGAGUGUUCAUAUUUUGAAAUUAACCGAUUUAGUUUCUAGAACAUUAGAAUUCGUACUCUGCGGAAAAAAACAUUUUAUUCAUUCAACAAGUGUGCUAUAUUUAAUUGAUAUUGUAGUUAUAUUUAUUUAUUGUAUUAAUGAUGCUGAGAACUAUUCAGAACAGAGUCAUUGGCUUUAAAAGAGUGUAUACAUUCUUAAUGUAUAUGUGUAUUAUUAUUUAUGAUUUUAAAUAAAUAUGAAUAAAAUAUUGCUUGAC